AUGUUGCCAGCAAUGCUCGUCCCAAUGAUGGGUGGAUCGGAUGCGGACAAGACACGUGUCGUGCAGACAUUGGUUUUUGUGUCGGGCAUCAACACGCUUGCUCAGUCACUUUUUGGAACUCGAUUGCCUGCCGUUGUUGGGGGCUCAUUUGCUUAUGUCAUCCCUAUCACAUACAUCAUUCAUGACUCGUCAUUACAAAAAAUCAAUGAUCCUCAUUUGAGAUUCAUGCAUACCAUGAGAGCUAUACAAGGAGCUCUUCUUGUAGCGUCGAGCGUACAAAUAGUUAUAGGCUACAGCCAAAUGUGGGGUCUGUUUUCCCGAUUUUUCAGUCCUCUUGGUAUGGCGCCUAUGCUAGGGAAUUGUGUGGAGAUCGGUUUGCCUAUGCUUCUUCUAGUUAUUGGCUUUUCACAGUAUAUGAAGCAUUUGAGGCCAGUGAAGGGCUUCCCCGUAUUCGAAAGAUUCUCUGUAUUGAUUUGCUUCUCGAUUAUUUGGUUAUUCGCACUCAUACUUACUGGCAGUGGAGCUUACCGUGAAAAACCGGAUAAAACUCAGCUUAGUUGCCGUACAGACAGAGCCAAUCUUGUAGCUACUUCUCCAUGGUUCAUGAUUCCGUAUCCUUUUCAGUGGGGCCCACCGACUUUUUCAGCAGGUCACUCGUUCGCCAUGAUAUCGGCUGUUCUCGUGUCGAUGAUUGAGUCGACAGGGGCUUAUAAAGCGGCUGCUCGUCUAGCAAUUGCUACCCCACCACCUGCUUACGUACUCAGCCGAGGCAUUGGUUGGCAGGGAGUAUCCAUAUUGUGCGAUGGUCUUUUUGGAACAUGUAUCGGCUCCACUGUGUCCGUGGAAAAUGUGGGGCUGCUGGGACUAACUCGAGUCGGGAGCCGUAGAGUUGUCCAAGUUUCGGCUGGAUUCAUGAUAUUCCUUUCGGUUUUUGGCAAAUUUGGAGCUGUUUUUGCAUCAAUACCAACUCCAAUAUUUGCUGGACUAUACUGUGUCCUGUUUGGCCUUGUUGGAUCAGUCGGUUUAUCCUUUCUUCAGUUUACGAAUAUGAACUCUAUGAGAAAUCUGUUCAUAACCGGCAUUUCACUUUUCCUUGGGAUCUCUAUUCCUCAUUUUUUCGGCGAAUAUUGGAUUACUCGUGGUGGAUUAUUUCACACACAUGCUGGUUGGUUCAACGCAUUCUUUAACACAAUUUUCAUGUCACCUCCAACAAUUGCGUUCAUGGUGGCCGUUUUUAUUGACAACACUUUAGAGGUGGAAAAAUCGGGAGUUGACCGUGGCAUGCCGUGGUGGGUCAAAUUCAGGACAUUCAAUGGAGACACUCGAAACGAAGAGUUUUAUAAGCUGCCUUUCAAUCUCAACAAAUACUUUCCACCCACAUAG